GCUUCUCAAGUAGACAUACAUUUGUAUUCAAGUCCGCAGUAUAACAUUAUAGUGCGAAAAAUUCAAUAUAAGUGCUAAAUAAAUAAGCAUGUUUACAAAAUAAAUAUAAAUAUAAGUAACUAAUAUUACAACGCCAUUGCAGUUUAAAAAUCUAUUGCGCGAUUAAAAUUUGUUCUCCAUUAAUUCUACGCAUUCGGAGCACAGUUUUAAAAACAGUAAACGUUUUAUUUUUAAAGGAAAGUCUUUUAUGUAUUGUAAUCAAGUAAUUUUAAGCGUUAUUGUUAAACUUUAUUGUGUUGGUAAUUGGUAAUAAAUUAGCCAGUACAUAAUAGGAGUAAUUAAAUGAUUGUAAAUGGUUAUAUAUGUAUUAUGGCAUAAUUAUUAAAGUGGCAGUGUUAGAAUUAUUGUGUACGUAAUCAAAGGCGAUAACAUAAAACGUAACCAGCCAUGUUGUGGCUUACCACCAAGUUAGUCAUCACAGCCGGAAUCUUAGGCUGGCAGUACUGGAGAUGGAGACACCGACGUAUGCUGGAGCUUGCAGCCAGACUCCCAGGUCCACCAACAUUGCCCAUCCUAGGAAAUGCCCUCACUUUCAUGCUUAAUCCUGGAGAGGUGCUGAACAAAAUCGACGUGUUUACGGAGCAGUAUGGCGAAGUCUUCAGAUUCUGGCUGGGGCCAGAACUGAACAUUGUUGUAAAUAAUCCAACAGAUAUACGCGCGUUAUUGACCAGUAACAAAGUAAAUCAGAAAGGACCAUUAUAUGAGUACCUGGUACCUAUGAUCGGCUAUGGCAUUUUAUCAGGAGGUCCAAUCUGGCGUUCUCACAGAAAAAUAGUGACUCCUUCUUACAACAAGAAGUCGGUGGAGAACUUCUCUCCGAUCUUCAACAGGGAGGCUGAGCAGCUAGCCAGGGUUAUAUGCCAGAAAGACCCGAAGAAGAGCUUCAAUGUCUACAAAGAUAUCGUCAGAUUUACCACGCAGAGUGUUAACCAAACACUGAUGGGGUUAUCGAAGGAAGAUUCCCAAAACCUGUACAGAGUGGAUGAGAUGUUACGUGUCACACAAGACAUAUAUGGUCUAAUUUUCGAGAAAAUGACAAAAUGGUGGUUGCACAUACCUAUCGUUUACUGGUUGCUUGGCAAGAAGAAGCAACAGGACUACUACGUGAAGCUGGUGGAAGAUUUGAUGGGUGACAUCGUCGGACGGAGGAGGAAAGCCUUGGAGGUGUCGGCACCUAGUGAGGAGUGCAUGGGGAUUGUAGACCGGUACAUCCUCUCUGGAGAUCUUACUGAGGAGGAGAUUCAGAAGGAGAGCAUGACUUUGUUUACUACGAGCCAAGAAGCAGCCGCUAAGAUAGCAUCUGGAGUCAUCAUGUUCCUAGCUCAUUUACCGGAUUGGCAGGAUAAAGUAUACAAGGAGAUGAUGGAAGUGGUCGGACCUGAUGGUCCGGUCACCAGCGAGCAGUUGAAGCGGCUGGAGCACCUGGACAUGGUGUACAAGGAGACGCUUCGGUAUUUCUCCAUAGCUGCCCUGAUACAGAGGACUGUUGAGGAGGAGAUCACUAUUAAAGACGGAAGUAUCACCCUCCCAGCUGGCACAUCACUGGUGAUACCGAUCCACAACGUCCACCGCGACCCUCGCUACUGGGAGGAUCCUCAUAAGGUGAUGCCGGAGAGGUUCCUCCCGGAGAACGUGAAGAAACGAGACCCCAACGCCUUCGUACCCUUCAGUUUGGGACCUAUGGACUGUUUAGGUCGAGUAUACGCCACGGCUCUCAUCAAGACUAUAGUGGUGUGGGUGCUUCGGUACGCACAGUUGGAACCAGCUGGUACCCUCGACAACAUAAAGCUGAACAUCGCCAUCUCCGUCUCCUGCGCAAAUGGAUAUAAUAUUAAAGCCAGACCAAGAAACGGUAGAAUAAAUGAAUUAUCUUGAUCAUA